UAAACAUCAAUGGGAAGAUUCAACAAAAGUAAUUCUUAGUGAAUCUAAUACUAAGUUGUUUCCAAGUUAAUAAAAAUAUACGAAAUUUUUAAACAGAGAUACCUAUCAAUGUAUGAUGAGACAAAACUUUUUGACUUUCAUUUUUCUUUGUUCCUUUUUAAUUUACUUUGUAUUGUUUGAUUAUCAUUUUUAACAUAAAACGUGAACACUUGAAACAAUAAUUGGAUAUAUCGUUCUUUAAAUGAAUUUCCUUGUUUCCAAAUGAGUUGUUUUUGAUUAAAAAAGUAGUCUAUUGCUUCAUGAAAGUACUUCUUGUGGGCGUCAGACAAGCUGUAGUCAAGUAUAAAGUGUGAGGAUGGAAAAUAUUAGUCUCGUGUGUUCUAAAAUGCUGUUAAUAAAACGAUUUGUAAUUCCAGUGUAUUAACAACAGGCUUCUGAAGUAAUAAUUUCAAAUUACUCGUUUUCUUCUUAAUUCUAAAGGUAUAAGUAUUAUUCUUUGUAGAUAAUAAAACUAAUGUGUAGUAUAUAUGGCAACAUAUUACAUUUUCCAUUAUUAACUGUAUUUGAUAUUUCAGUCCUAACUAGUAGUUAAUAUUAUUGUUCAAUAUUUGUCCUUAAAUACAAAUCAAUAUCUUUAAUAAUGGCAGUUAAAAGGAUAGUAUAUAGUACAAAUAUUUAUUAAUCACAAAAAGGAACUUUUUAUAUUUUAGAAUAGCUAUAAAAAAUCAAUAUGCAAACGAAAGUAGCCAACUAAAAAGAUUAUAUCAAUAUUGUUAUCAAUACAUUGAAUAUAUGAUACAUAAUCGGAAUAAAUGGAUAUACUUACGUAAUAUAAAUUAAUAAGUAAUCCCGAUUAGAUCUUACUUGCUAUAAAUAACCGCAUUUCAUGUUCAUUAUCAAACAUUGUCAGCAAUAUACUACUAUAAUCUUGAGUAAUUUAAUAAGUGCAUAUGCAUGUCUAUAAACAGUUCAUAUCAACAAAUGAUAACCUCAUACAUAGACGCCAGUACUUAAGCAUAAUGAUUUGAGAAGAAAUAUUCUAAGAAAAAUCUCCUGUUAACUGUGAAAGUAUACAUUUUUAAAACAUAAUUCAAUGAAAUGUUUUUUACCACAGUCGUACUGAUAUCAAAAGUUGUUCAUUAUCAGUCGUUAUUCACCAAACUUUUAAUGAGAUUUUGUUUUUUAAUUUCAGGAAUUUUAUUUAUAGUUUGUAAAAUGUUGCAAACAUAGAACACUGAACAAAUACUUAAUUAGAUUUUUCACCAAUUCACUUUUCUGUACCUAAAAAGAAGAAUUUCUUAGUACGUUGAUAUUUUCAUUAUAUUUCCUAUCUAUAUCUUUCAAAUUAAAGGCAUAUGUAUCUAUAUAAGGAUAUUUUAAAUCAUGACAUUUCAGAAAGACAAAGCAAUAUAUAGUGGAUCUAAAUUUACAAAAAAGUCAAUCACAAAACAACAGUUUACUCAAGAAUUAACUGCUCGUCUAGAACAAUUAUCAUCAAAACGUGAAAUUCAUGAAACAGAUGAAUAUUCAGAAACAUCUUUAUCACCAUCGUCAUCCAUAUCAUCAUUUCAAUCGUCUGUAUCGUCGCCUAGAAAUAGUUUCAUGAUACGUACGAAUAGAUUUUCUUUAAAAGAUAGUAAAUUUACGAAGGAACCAUUCAAUGAUUUACAAAAGGCGAAUCGGAUAUAUACAUCUUCAAAAAACACAAAACCAUGUCAACAAACUUAUAUUAAACCGAAAAGUUUACAACAAUCAAAAGAAAAAAAACGUUAUGAUAAACCAUGUUUAGCGAAUGAAAUAAAUUCUUCCAUAUCAACACAGGACAAUUAUAACUAUUCCAAAAAUAAAUAUAUUCAAACAAAUCAAAUGAAUAAAACUAUUGACAGGCGUGAUUUUCCACCUAAGAUUAUGCUUAAAUCUUGUGAAUCACGCACUCAGUAUCCGAAGGAAAAAGAGGAAUUUACUUUAAUUAAUGAAAAUAUUUUACAGAAACCAGAUCAAUAUGAUGUAUCAGUAGGACAAGACAAAAAUGCUAACCAGAUAUCCGAUCAAAGUGAUAACGAUGAUGAACUAGGGUGUUUAGAAGAUGAUACAGUGAUAAUAGGUGAUAAUGAAUCGGCAGUAGAUAUGUCAGAUUCAGAUGCUUCAUGUACAAGACGAUUAAGUAAUAUACCAGAAGAAAUUCUACCGCCAGUCAUUGCAUCUCUACUUCCUAAUACACCAUCAGUUUUGCGUUUUGUUGAUGGUAAACAGACUGUACCAAAAUUUCCAAAGCCUUACAGAUAUCAACUUCUCUGGCGUCCCAGUGCAAUUACACCAAAUGUGGUUAAACGAAUCUUAAAGCGAUCUAAUUUUCGGAUAACAUUAAAAUCAAAUGAAUGGAUUGGAUAUUAUGGAAAUCAUUUAAAACCAUUCGGUUUUCGUCCUAUAAGAGAAUAUCAGAAAAUAAAUCAUUUCCCUGGUUCAUUUCAAUUAGGUCGUAAAGAUAAAUUAUGGAUAAAUUUAAAUCAAUUACGUUCUCGUUUUGGUAAAAAGUCGAUUGAUUUUGUACCAAGAACGUUUUGCUUGCCAGGAGAUUUAAAAUCAUUGAAAGAAUUUUGGACACAUCAUGAAAAUACAAGUAAAAUGUCAUCAAAUGAUGAGGCAUUAUUUCAUUUUCGACCUAGAUGGAUUAUGAAACCACCAGCAUCAGCUCGUGGAAUUGGAGUAAAACUAAUUCGUGGUUGGUCUGAUAUUCCUAAACAACGUCGUGUAAUUGUUCAGUCAUAUAUCAAUCAACCAUAUUUAAUUGAUGGGAAGAAAUUUGAUAUAAGAUUAUAUGUUUUCGUGGCAGGCUUUAGUCCACUUCGAGCAUAUGUAUAUAGAGAAGGUUUGGUGAGAUUCGCUUCACAGAAGUAUUCUACUUCUGUUCAACAGUUAAGAAAUCGUUUUGUACAUUUAACAAAUUAUUCUGUUAAUAAAUAUAAUAAAACUGAAGAAACAUUUGCAUCUAAUCAUAAAUGGAAAUUAAGUACAUUAUGGUCAUAUCUAACAGAACGUGGAGCUGAUGUGCUGAACCUGUGGUCACGUAUUGUUGAUAUUAUUUUUAAAACAUUAUCAUCUGUUGUCAGUUGUAUUGCAACAAUGGUUGAUCAGAAUUGUAGACGACGUGCAUCAGUUUAUGAAUUAUUUGGUUUCGAUAUAAUAUUGGAUGCUGAUCUUAAACCAUGGCUUUUAGAAGUUAAUGUAUCACCGAGUUUGCACACUAAUACACAACUCGAUGAUGAAGUAAAAACUGCUGUUGUUAAAGAUAUGUUCAACAUAUGUGGGUUUCAACUGCCUCCUGACUACCAUUCAUCAUUAUCUGUAACAACAAUUCAAUCAAGGUCACUAAACAGUGUUCACUAUCAGCCCAAUAAAGAUAAGAAUUUAAGUGAGACCGGAAGAAUUACUCCAGAGUCAAUAUUACUGCUGAAGAAAGGUGAUCAAUCCUCUAUGUCACGCAGAAAUAACAACGACAUUAAUUACAGUGGGAAAUUAUCUAAUCAACGUUCAUGCAAUAGAUCCAGUAUUUCUGUUUGCAAUUCAUCUGCUCCUCUUAAACCACUUAUGUCAAAAGGAAUUUCAUCCAUUAAGGGAUUGCCUCCACCUAGUCCAUCUAUUAAUAAUACACAUACUAAAAGAUCUUUGUCUGCUGUAUCUGUUAAAACAACAUUUUGUAAAACAAACAAUUCAUUGUUAAAUAAUAAUAAUAGCAACAAUAAUAAUAGAAUAUUUGUUGAUCCAUGUAUACCGAUAACAGAUCCACGUUUAUGGGAUAUUAGUUUAUCGGCAGAGGAUAAACGAAAACAUAUAUUUUAUACAUCAUUAAUGACAGAUAAAGAGAAAGAUAAAUCAACACAAUUUUUUAACAGAUUGAGCAAACAUAACAUGAAGAAUUCAACAACUACCAGUACCACUGCAGAAAAUUUUUCAAAGGAUCCUCUGGAUAUAUUACGUCAUAUUUUAUUGGAACUUUCACCGGAUGAUUUGCGUACAUUAGUCAACUUAAUAGACGAACGUUAUCGUGCUGCACUUGGUAAUUUUCAAUGUAUUUUUCCAGUUCAUGGAUCUAAAGGUUAUCAAAUGUUAACAUUUCUUCAAGGAGCUUACCAGGAGAACACAUUUGGUGGUACAUUAGGUUCACGUUCACCAUCUUUUUACUACUAUGAUAUACUUCAAUAUGUGUUUUUGACAGUCUAUCAUAAUUCAGAAGGUAAUGAUAAUUUGUCAUGCGAUUCCUUUGUCCACUUUUAUUAUGACAAACUUUUACCAGACCAAAUAGCACUUGUUUCAAAUGAAUUAAAUACCGAAUCUUUGUCCAUAGCAGGUGAAAUGACAGGAGUUUCUAUUGCUGGCUUAAAAUCCGUAAUCAAUUUAUGUAAAAAAGCUAUACAUUUGAAGAGUUUAGAUUCACCUCUGAAAUCUAGCCAGUUUUUCAAAACACAAGGUGAUACAAAUUCAAAAACCUCAAAUUGCAGUUCAAAUAAAAUUGACCGCCGUGAAUAUCAUAAACUAGACGAUUCCACUUCAUUAAGAUAUCAUAAUGAUAGUUCUGUUGAAAAUCAGUGCAUAGAUCUGAAUAAUAUCAAAACUAUUGUCAGGACAGACGAAUGUUCAAAUCAAACACAAACAAUGACUCAGUAUAUUGAUGAAAAUAAUGACGAGUAUAUGAAACAACAAUAUAAACCAGAUGAUGAAAGUGAUUCGCAUAAUAAAUAUUCACCAUCAUCAUCUGUGGAAAGUAAAAUAUUUCAAUCAUCAGUAAGGAGAGAAUCAACUCAACCAAAUAUUCAAUCAAAUAAUAAAAAUUUUCUUGAAUCAACGUUAUCAGUAAUAAAUGAUAGUACUGAUUUAAACAAAUGUAGUUGUAACAAAACUUGUAUCACAAACGCUGUUAUGAAUACCAAAUAUGUGAAUACAUUAAAUAACACGCUGAAAGAAUCGUCGUUACCUUCAGAAAUACCAUCUGAUACAAAGCAAACAAACAUUUCUUCAGUACAAAUCCAAACACCCAACUGGAAUGAAAAUGCCAUCAAAUCAUUUGGUGAAAUUACGUGUACUUCAAAUAAUUACCAAACUUUGUCACGUGAAUCUCAUGCAACAAGAAAUAUGAAGCCUGUAAGAUACUCAGCAUCAUCUUCAUUAUCAUCGUCAUCAAUAACAGCAGUAGUACCCCCGAAUACAUCAAAAUUCUAUGGUUAUCAAAUUCUUGAACGUAUGAAUUCUGAGAGAGUAUGCAAGUCACCAGAUGAAAUGAAUAACAUAUCUACAAAUCUCUAUAAAGAUAACAGUCAUAUUAAUCAACGAAUAAAAAUGUUAGCAACAUAUUGCACUAAUGACCAGUUUUAUAAUAAAAUCAGCAAUAAGGGUACUAUAAAUAAUGUAAACAAUAAAAGGCAGAUGCAAAAACUGAUAUCCGGAUAUCAGAAUAAUAAGUACACUGAUAACAUACCGAAUAACCAUCGGCUUUAUCAUCGUAUCAAAUCUACUUCAACUUUAUACCCUAUAAGGUCUUAUUCACAAGACAGGAUUUUAUCUCUGAAUAACCUUAACCAUGGAAAAGGAUCUUUUGAAGAUGUCUCAAUGUCCAGUGGUUAUUCAUCAUUUGUACGAGACAAAUUAAAUUCUUCAUUCAGGCAUCUAGCAUUGGAAAUGAAAAAAGCACAAAUAUCCAGUUGAUAUGAACAAAAUGAAUCCAAUGAAUUGAAAGCUUUUAAUCUCAUUGUGAUAUAAUAUAAACAUUUUAACUCACUGUGAUAACUAACAACUCCUUAUUUUACUAGCACUGAAAACACUAUUGGUAUAGCUAGCCAAAAGUACUACUCGUACAUAUGUAAAUGCAUUUCAUUGAAAUUACUAUUUUGAUUAUACUUGAUUGCGUUUAAAUUAGAUGAUGAAAGAAUAUGCUUUCAAUGAACAUUUUAUUUUAUAUAAACAUGUAAUACAUAGAUGAAUUAUUAAAAACUUGAACAUAUUAUUUUGUAAUUACUGGUUCCUAAAUUAUGUCUAUUUAAGUCUCUAUUGUUUAAAACAGCAUGGAAACAAGGAAUUCAUAGAAACUAUGAUGAUGUAAUAAAUAAAUCUGAUGUUGGAGUUAAUUGUAAAAUAAUAAUUAAAUUUUUAGAAGAAGAUAAGACGAAUAUAUGUUAGGAUCUAUGAUCUACUGU